UAUCCAUCACGGCUUGCUGCUGCACGUUCAACUGCCGCGGUUGAACGUAGUCCGAUCGAGAGGAUCGUUACUAUGGCUUCGCUGACGCACGAUUUUUAAUAUUAAGAAAAACAUUUUGUUUCGCUGCGUCCGAUAGUGCACUAUUGCUGCUUAGAAGCAUCCUUUUCCCUGGUCCAAAAAGCAUAUCUCAAACAUCCAGUUUAGUUGUGUUUUAUCGGUCGCUGGUACCGUAUCGUGGUUCCCGAGCACAUGAUUCACGCGAACGUGCACGUACGAUGUUGCUUUAUGAUGAGAUCAUAACUAACUCGCUGAAGCAUACGCAAUGAGGUAAUGCGUUAUUUCUAAGUCACAGUGGAAUUCGUAACGUAAAUCCGCGCGAUUCAAGGACGGAAGGUUUUUAAUUUAUUCAUGGUGUCGUCGGCCCUGUUUAUUCUCGCGGUCCAGUAGCAGGCUGUGAAAUGUGUGUUCAUCAAAACGCCGUAUCAAAGUUUACGGAGCAGUGCAAGGCGACGGCAUAGCAGUACAAUUAUUAUUUUAAGCUAUCUUAAACAAUUCGUUAGAUGAAAUCAUGACCGUGCUUUUAUCGUACCAUCGAAUAGUGGAGAAAGAACCCUCGCAAGUGAAUCCACGGUGGAAAACAUGCACCGUCGUCUCGUUGCUCGCCAUUGUUUCCUCAUGUGUCGUAGUCAGUUUUAGCCUGCAUGGGCUUAUUGCAGAGUAUAAACACAACUGUUUGCUUGAGGCGCAUCUGAAGUUCAUUCCUAAACCCAACCUUCCACCGGGAAAUACCACGGAGCCAAAGCCAAUCAUUCAAUAUGGAAUCGACGAGUACUGGAGCAACUGGAGCAGUGGUGCUUACUGUGAAACACUUAAGAACAUGCCCUUGUUCCAAGGAAUAUGCUGCACGAUAUGGCUAGCCAUUUUCCUGAUGCAUGGACCUGGCGGAAUUCUUCCCCAGCCCUGGCGUAUAGUAUUUCCAUCGUUGAUAUUUUUCCUUGGCUGUCUGGCAACGUCCCUUACAACGGCCAGCUUCAUUACGCGAGGACUAAACCAGCUAUGUGCAGAGUUUCAAAAGGUUGAGUCCUUGCGUGGGCUUGAUUGUGGACGGCUCGUAGUGUACUUUGCGCUCUCGAAAGAAAGCACCUCGCUAGUGCAAGUAGAUAAGAAUUUUUUCUUAACACUAAUCUUUCCCUGGGUUUGGUUCGGAGCCACCUGUUUGGGUUUUUUUGUGAUCUUACUGCGAAUCAUUCUGAUGGUGGAUUUCCAGCUCUUACGCGUGGUGAUAUCGAAACAUGGAGAUCGGAAAUUCAAAGAUCUUCCAGAAGUGAAGUUAGCGAGUUAUUCAGAUUCGGAAUGUUUAGAUGAUUGACUGUUGGAAAAUAAAAAAAUAAGAUUGGAGGAUUUGGCUUCAUCGUUUGUAUGGAUAGUAUGUUUAGGGGUCAAAUAGGUUAAUACAUGUGUUAAAUAAGUGAAUAUUUAGCGUCUAAUAAGUAGAUUUUACAACUUUUUAAUUUUUUUCAUUAACGUAUGAAUAAAUAUGCCAUA